UAUAGAAGCAAUUGGAAUUGUGGUAAGUGUUGAAGAGCAAGAGCUUGGAAGAUGGCAGCCUCAAAGGGUUCAAGAAUUGCUUCACUGAUUCUAAGAAUUCUGACCUUCAUUUUGAUCUUCAUUUCUCUCAUAAUCAACGCUACCAAUUCUAAAACUCUCAACAAAGGGACUGAGAAUGAAGCAAAGCUUGAAUUUAAGAACGUUUAUUCAUAUCGUUAUUUGAUAGCAGCGGCUGUAAUUGGAGGUGUUUUGAGUUUGAUUCAAAUCAUUCUCAGCAUUUACCAUAUGGUUACCAAAAGCGAAGGAACUCCGCUCUUUUAUUUGUUCAGCGAUUACUUGUUGUCGUAUCUGUUGUUAUCGAGCUCGUCGGCGGCGUUAGGAGCUGGGAUCGAUAUGAGAGCUAAUUUGAAGGAGCUGUUUGGAACGCUUUUCGACUCGUUUUUCGACCAGGGGAGUGGUGCAGCUGCUGUUCUUUUUAUUGCAUUCGUUUGUGCUGCUGUUGUUUCAAUUCUCUCUGCAUUGGCCCUCAUCAGGAAGCCUUGAAUCAGUGGUGGUUUCUUUGUUUGAUAAAUUAUGGUCAUUUUUAUUUACUUUUUUGUAUGUGUAUCCUUUUCCAUUUUUAAUUUGUAAUAUGUGAUUUAGAUUAAUGAAUAUCUAAUUUCAU